AUGUCAGACGGCGAAUUUACCAGAACCCAAAUCUUUGGCACGGUUUUCGAAAUCACAAACCGGUAUACCGACCUCAAUCCUGUGGGUAUGGGGGCGUUUGGACUUGUGUGUUCGGCCGUAGACAAGCUCACCGGUCAAAACGUGGCGGUGAAAAAGAUCAUGAAGCCGUUUUCCACCUCUGUUCUCGCAAAGAGAACCUAUCGUGAGCUUAAAUUGCUCAAGCAUUUGCGCCACGAAAACCUCAUCACUUUGGAUGACAUUUUCCUCUCUCCGUUGGAGGAUAUAUACUUUGUGACCGAGCUCCAAGGUACAGAUUUACACCGGCUCUUAACGUCGCGUCCGUUGGAGAAACAAUUUAUCCAAUAUUUCACAUACCAGAUGUUGCGUGGAUUGAAGUACGUCCACUCAGCCGGCGUGAUUCAUCGUGACUUGAAGCCGUCCAACAUUUUGAUCAACGAGAAUUGUGAUUUGAAGAUCUGUGACUUUGGCUUGGCCCGAAUCCAGGAUCCUCAAAUGACAGGCUACGUUUCCACCAGGUACUACCGUGCUCCUGAAAUCAUGUUGACAUGGCAAAAAUACGACACCGAGGUGGACUUGUGGUCGGUGGGAUGUAUCUUGGCAGAAAUGAUCGAGGGCAAGCCACUCUUCCCCGGAAAGGAUCACGUUCAUCAAUUUUCCAUCAUCACCGAGCUCUUGGGUUCUCCUCCAGCCGAUGUCAUCGACACAAUUUGCUCUGAAAACACGUUGCGUUUCGUGCAAUCGUUGCCUCAUCGCGACCCUAUUCCAUUCUCCGAACGGUUUGCCCAGUGCACCCAUGUGGAGCCAGAAGCCAUCGAUAUGCUUGCAAGAAUGUUGAUUUUCGACCCCAAGAAGCGUAUCAGUGCAGCUGACGCUCUUACACAUCCAUAUAUGGAGCCAUAUCAUGAACCAUCUGAUGAGCCAGUAUGUGAGGUCAAGUUUGACUGGAGUUUUAACGAUGCCGAUUUGCCGGUCGAUACAUGGAGAGUGAUGAUGUACAGUGAAAUUUUGGAUUUCCACCAGAUCACCGCAAUUGGUGACAAUGUGCCACAGGAGGAGCAGCUUGCCCAGAUCCAACAGGAGGGAAUUCAGGCACCCAUCAAGUAG